AUGCGAGUCCGAGUAAUCGUCCUUAUUGCAGAGGAUGGUAUUCAUCGCAAGACUGAUUUCUUCGCCCUGGUUGCAACGUCUCUGCAGGUGACGUCUCUCAUCGCCGGCAUACGCGACGUGUUUGAAAUCCUGGUGCCCGUCCGUGUGAUAUACGAGGUCUCGGACCUGGCUGGUCUUGCCGCAGCCAUUGGCAAACACAAGCGCCAAGAUCCAGUCCAUCAUCAGAACGUCACCCAGGAGAUGAUGGGUCUAGAGAAGUCAGCCUUUCACGAGCUGGUCGACCGGAAAGGCGUCAUCCACCAUCUGGGAGCCCAAGUCAACUACAACGAGUCCACACUGGCAGCCGAGACGCAAAUGUCCUAG